UAGGCGGGUAAAGAAGGGAGUAAGGGAAGGGAACAUAGUCGUGUUUGUAUUGGAUUAGGACAGGCCCUGUGUUUGAAACUCUGUGCCGCCCUCUCAAAUGUCGUCGCAAGGAUGCUUUUUUUUCUUCUUUUGCGUCUGUUUGUAGUUUGAAGUGUCACUUUCAUGAACUUACUCUCCAUACUUCUGAUUUACGGUUUUUCAUUUAAUAUAACGUGCAGUGUUAUUUUACGCGGUUUUCUGGACAGGCGGAUAACUUUUUAACAGUUUAAUGACUUGUGUUGUUUUUAUACUGAUUACUUUUACUAAGUAAACAUAUUGAGUGCUAAAGGUUCCGUAAACACAAAUCCUCAUUGCCAUCUAAAGCGCUUGGGAAACAUCAGAAAGGCACUUGAGAAGCACUACAGCAGCUCAGCUGUGUGCGGUUUGUCUUUGUGUGAGCUCGCCAUGGCGGAAGGAGCAUCUCUUUCUGGGGGACUGAGCCUGAGUUCUUUCACCUCUCGGGUGAAGAAAACAAACAGCAGCAGUGUGCCAGUGAACGCGCGACGAAGCAGCCGACAAAGCCACAAGAGGGACAUUCACAGUCGGGUUGUUCUGGAGAAAGUUCUGGGUAUCACCACAACUAGCAACAGUGGUUUGGCCUGUGACCCUAAUACAGGCACUGUUGCAUACCCUGCAGGAUGUGUCAUCGUGCUCCUGAAUCCAAAGACUAGCAAGCAAAGCCACAUCUUUAAUACAUCAAGAAAAACCUUCAGUGCAUUGGCUUUCUCACAGAAUGGAAAAUAUUUGGUCACUGGUGAGAGUGGACACAUGCCCUGUGUGAGAGUGUGGGAUGUGGCGGAGCGUACUCAGGUGGCAGAGGUCCAGUGCCACAAGUAUGGAGUUGCCUGUGUUGCUUUUUCUACUAAUGGCAGCUACAUUGUGUCUGUGGGAUUUCAGCAUGACAGGACUGUCAGCGUCUGGGAGUGGAAGAGAGGGACUGUUAUUGCAUCCAAUAAAGUGUCUAGUCGUGUGCUGGCUGUCUCCUUCUCUGAGGACAGUAGCUACUUUGUCACUGCUGGAAACAGACAUGUGAAGUUCUGGUAUUUGGAUGCCUCCAAGGAGAGACGUGUGAACAGUACAGUGCCCCUGAUUGGUCGAUCAGGGUUGCUAGGAGAACAUCAGAAUAGUGAAUUCUGUGAUUUGGCGUGUGGUCGUGGCACUAUGUCGAGCAGUACCUACUGUAUCACCCAUACUGGUCUGCUGUGCCAAUUCAACAGCAACCGGCAGCUGGAUUUAUGGGUUGACCUCAAAACUUCUUCAGCACACUGCUUAUCUGUGAGUGAAGCUUUCAUUUUUUGUGGCUGUGCAGAUGGCACUGUGCGGGUAUUUAGCCCACAAAACCUGCAUUACAUCACCACACUGCACCGGCCCCACUGUCUAGGAGUGGAUGUCUCUCAGGGCAUGCCGCCUCAGCCAGAGGCGGAGUAUCCAGAUACCUUGGCCCUGACACAUGACCCUGUGACCAGCCACCUGAUGUGUGUAUAUAAUGACCACAGUGUGUAUGUUUGGGAUGUGCAUGAUGUCCACAAUGUAGGGAAGGUCUACUCUUCCCUGUACCACAGUGCUUGUGUCUGGAGUGUUGAGACCUACCCGGAGUUGGAAGAUUCACCUGUAGCUUUGUUGCCUGGAUCUUUCCUUACCUGUUCAUCUGACAACACCAUUCGUCUUUGGAACAGUGAUUUUCAGCAAAGCCACUACCAAAGCUCUAACCUCUACAGUCAGGACUUGGUGAAGAUUGUGUAUGUGGAUAACGAUACUGGACACCUUAAGGCCCCACCAGAUAAAGCAGAGGGUAACCAAGAUGGCAAAUUUGGAAUCAGAGUCCUAGGAAUCAGCCCUGAUGGCCAGCACCUGGCAGCUGGAGAUCGUAGUGGAAAUCUACGGAUCUAUGGGCUUCAGUUCAUGGAUGAACUUCUGAGGAUUGAGGCCCAUGAUUCUGAGAUUUUAUGUCUGGCCUUCUCUCCCACAGAGACUGGUGUGCAUCUGUUGGCCUCAGGCGGUCGUGAUCGACUCAUACAUCUAUUCAAUAUGGACAAAAGCUACAGUCUUGUACAGACUGUUUAUGACCAUUCGGCAUCUGUCACUGCCAUGAAAUUUACAGGUGUAGGUCCAAAGGUGUCCAUGGUAAGCUGUGGUGCCGACAAAAGCAUUUACUUCCGCUCUGCUGAAAAGACUUCUCAGGACCUGGCUUUCUCAAGGUCACAUCAUGUGGUGGAGAAAAGUACAUUAUAUGACAUGGACCUGGACGCCACACUCACACACACUGCCAUUGCCUGCCAAGAUCGCAACAUUAGAGUAUACAAUGUGAAGAGUGGCAAGAUGAAAAAGUGCUUUAAGGGCUCUUUGACUGAUGAUGGCCCAGUGCUUAAGGUUCAACUGGAUCCUUCUGGGAUGUUCUUGGCCACCAGCUGCUCAGACAAGAGCAUCUGUGUUUUUGAUUAUGAGACUGGAGAGUGUGUGGCAACAUUAUUUGGGCAUUCUGAAAUUGUUACUGGUAUGAAAUUCAGUCCAGACUGCAAGCAUCUAAUCACUGUCUGUGGUGAUAGCUGUGUGUUUGUGUGGCAGCUGUGCUCUCAAAUGACUAACUCGAUGCGGAAGAGAUUGGCAGAAAGGAAACGGAGAGCAGGACUGAGAAACCUGAACAGAGUCACCUGCAAACAACAAGCCAUCAGGAGAGAAACCUACAUCACUGUACCAUGCCGUGGGAUUGUUCAACCAAAAGAGGGAGAAACAAACAGCUUGUUGGGGGAAAUGGAAGAUGUUGAGGAAGAUCCCAAGACUCCAGCCAGGCUAGACAACGCUGUAGGGAGUCUGGAUAUUAUGAUGCCACAGACCAAUGGCCGACUCCCUAUGUGGGCCCGCAGAUUGGGUGCUGGAGUUGGCAGCAGUAGCAGUGUGGAUCCACAGAGAGUCCCUCAGUACCAACCACAGGGGCGCUGGGCUGCACAUGCUGAUCCAUUUGCUAUUCGUUCAGUACUGGAGACCAGAAGCCUACAGCUCCCUCUCUCUGACACUCCCAGCCGAGCAGAAGAGCAUGGGGACGAAUGUGUAGAACAGAAAGAGGGACAGGAAGUGGACUUUCACCCUCAGAGUCUAGACAGUCUUUUAGAUGAAGAAGAAGAGGGUGGUGAUAUAGAUGAAGAGGAGGACAUUGAGAGGGAGUCUGAACAGUUUAGUUCUGUGCUUCAAGACACAGACUUGCAGUAUUUUAGCCCAAGGCUCAGCUCUUCAGAGAGCAAUGACUAUGCUCUGUACCCAGCCAACAGCACUACUCUGUCCACCGUAGGAGAAGGGGAGUUUGAUGUGAAGGCACUUUGUGCGGAUGUUGAAAUUGACCCAGAAGAAGAGGAGCUGAGUCCUGACAGUGCCUGCUCAGCUGAAAGUGACCAGGUGCACAGUGACCAGGCCCACGAUCAGGACACGGACUCGCUCAGUCAGGCGAGCUCCAUGGGUAGCUCUGGAGUGGAGGAAGAGGAGGAUGAAGAGCCUGCAAAUCUACUUCGCCAACACUAUGACUCUUUAGCAGUGGGAUCUAAUGAAAAGUUUAACACAGACCUGCGCAAUCUGCAGCCCUCAAAUGACAACUUCCUCAACCCUCGUCUAAGCCUUUCUACCCGUUUCCUCUCACGCUUCCAGAGCCGCAUACGUGGUACUGUGGCCGGAAGCAGUGGUGUGUGCAGGCCCGGAGUUCGCCUGCCUAGCAUUCUAGAUGAGUCCAGCAGCAGCAUGGGCAAUUCACAACUAAUUUCUAAGGCCUGUGAUUCAAAUGCCAUAAUAAGUGAUCAGAAGAAAAAUGAGAAAGCAUUAAUCCCACAAGAGAAUGACAACAGUGAUCCAGGCAUAUUUGUCCCCAAACCUGACAGCACAACCUUUGAUACUUCAAUAUCCUCCUGUCAGAGUGGCGUGGAUAUUACCAAUGCCAAACCUAAAUCUACGGAUGAGAAAGUCAAUGUGUGUCCAGAGCAGGAAAAUACUCAUGGAAGUGAGAUGCUCUGGAAAGCCUUGUUGCCUAAUCAAGACCAUAGUGAGACUCAAGAUAGUAAGGAAAACCUCCCUCCUCCACAGCCUCUUACCUUAAAGACACAUCCUAAAACUCCAGCACUUCCUCCGGAAACUCCUGCUCUGGGUAAUCUCGGCGCUCGCCCCAGCACCCUCCACUUGGACCUGGCUUCCCCAUUACCACCUGCUGCCUUGAGUGCUCUGAAAAGCCAGGUGGAGCCUAUGAAUCCUCUGUGUAGACAGGCUAUGGUGAGUCCAACGGAAAUGAGAUCGCUAGGAAGAGAGAGCCGAAAGCAGAUCAGUUGCAUUGAAGAGAAACUGACGCCCAGGAUAUCCCACAGACUCUCAUCUGGCCUUCUCAAAACACCAGUUACAGACAGCUCACUUGUAGCACCAGGAAAGAAUGUGGAAAGUACAGAAUCAGUGGUUCAAAGCAACACAGCAAGAUCAGCAAUAUCAGUGCCCACAGUAGAUGGACCUAACCCUGUAGACCCAGAUGAGACUAUUAAUCUGCAGACAUGUAAGGAGAUCGUGAAUGUGCUCCAGCAUACCAUGCAGAAAGCAGCCACCUUUUAUAGCAAAUUGCAGGGCAUCAGUGAGUUGUCAGACCAGCAGAUGCAGAUGAAAAGCAUGCUACAGGAGGCCUUUGGUGGGAUUCUACAGGAGCUUCACUCUCUUUGUCCCCAGGAUCUGAUCUCUGCUGUCCCUCAACUUCCAGAAGACUCUCCAGGUCGUCAGCUUAGGGAUGAUCGUGCUAUGGCUCUUCUAGAAAGAUACUCCGAGAUGCUACUGUUACGCAUGGCUGAAAAGAAGUUGGACUACAAUUGAGUUAUCUACACAUGGCUUAGCAUGGACAGUAAAUCUGCUACAGUUAUCAUCAGUGCUGAUGCUGCAGUGUCUGUUUACACAAAUCUACUUACUUUUUUUGCACAGAAUCAAGCGUAUUUUGUUCCCUUUUCUUGCAUAAGUGCUUUAAUUGCAGAUGCCUUCAGUAUUUCAUUUCAUAUGUCCAGUGUUUCAGUACAAAGCACUGGUUAAAUAUUGGCAGCAUUUUUCACAAAUUAUUUAUUACUGCAGAAUGAGUUUUUGCUGCACAGCAACAACCAUUGUGCUGUUUUUGUUUAAUUUUUUUUUUUUAAAAAAUGUGCUUACUGUACUUUUGUUUGACAUACGCUUUUUCCCCAAAGAGAAUGUAUUUUACCAAAUUAUCUUGCAUUUUUCCCCCCCUAAAUUUUCUUAAGAAAAGCUGUUACAGCCAUGUAAACUACAAAUGGGUAACAAAUUAAAGGGAAAAUCAACAUAGUGUCUUAGUGAGGUGGUGGGCUAUGACAAGCUGUCAGAGCAUUUUUAAUGCAAUGAUGGUGGUGGUAUGGUGUCAUUAUUUCUUUUAAAGUUGGAACAGUAUUACCCGAGUUGAAUACUCAGUGAGAGACAUACUCAUUACUUUUCACAAGUUUGUUACAGUUUUUAGUUUUUGAUCUGUUUGUUUUAUCACAUUGGUGAUACCACCCAGUCACAACUAUGUGUUCUGCUUUCUGUUAAGGACUGUUGCACAAAACCUGUUGAAGUGGUCACAUAGUGUCAUUCUGCAGACUGCAGUCUAAGUGUUGCAGAUGUAUGUCUAUGACUCAUGUUUGGCUUUGUUGUUAUUGGCCAUUUUGUUAAAGUACUUGUAAAUACAUUUCAACUAUUAACUUUUAAACUACCAACUUUUUGAUAUUAAAAGAAUGUGAUUUUAAAGAAAUGUGUGCUUUUCUACUCUUGGACUGCCUGUCCACUUUUGUUUUUAAAUGCCAUGGUCCAGCUUGGUUUACACAUUUAAGUCAAAUUGCUGACACUGUUAGACUUUUGGUUCUAAUGUAAAGAAUGUGUUACUCUAAUAAAUUAUGGACAAGUCAAUGUAUAACAGCAGGCUAGGAAUUAUAUUAGUUGAAUUCACAAUGGUUGACAAACUAACAAAGUGUAUAAAGGGGAAAAAAGACAAAAAAAAA